GGACGGAAUUGCCCGCACUACAGCUGUUUCAGAUGAAAAUGAUCAGCUCUGCUAGCGACACCCGCAAUUCUCUCCCCACUCCUCCUUGCUCUGGGAGAGUAGCAGUUUGCUGCGGAUCUAUAUCAGAACCAACCUAUGCUCAUUGCUGGCUCACCUGUGCUGACCAGAGGCUCUGCCCCUCCCUGAUCAUCUGCUCUGGGGUGGAAGCUGGACCUAGUGCCUUUUCUGUUUAUGCCCUCCGUUUGGGGCCUGGGGAAGACAUCGUCACCUCUUUGUUAAAAUUUGUAGAAGAUAAGAAGCUAAAAGCUCCAUUUGUCAUGACUUGUGUGGGAAGCAUCACCAAAGCAACGCUGAGACUGGCCAACGCCACUGCUUCGAAUACUAAUCAGAUUAUUCAUCUAAAUGAGAGGUUUGAAAUCGUCUCCUUGGUGGGAACCCUGAACAAAGCACCUCAUCUCCACAUCUGCCUGUCUGAUAAGGAUGGGAAGACUGUCGGAGGGCAUGUUAUAAGUGACUUGGAAGUUUUCACUACAGCUGAGAUAGUGAUCGGCGAAUGCACGGGCCUGCAGUUUACCCGGGAGAUGGAUGAUCGCACAGGUUUCCCAGAACUUGUCAUUAGUUCUCGCUCUGAAAAGGCUUAGUAAUUUCUUCCCUGUAAAUUAUGUGACAUGCCUCAAAAAAAGUGGAUUAAAUAAAUGGGGUUGGAGCAUGCCUUCCUUUCUCUUAGCUUUUAGCUUAUUGAUUCAGACAUAUUUUCACGCAGAGAAUAAUCAAUUCUUCAGUGGGAGGACAGAAUAAAAUAAUUUCAGGCAAACUCUUCAAAUGACUUGUCAUUAAUUUGCCUUUUGCCAGCACUUGUUCACUCCAAACAAGAUGUGUUUAGCUUCCUCCAAGUAUUAACUGAGUUGUGCCCUGGGGAUUUUCUGGGACUGAUUGGCCAGGAAGGAGGGGGGCGGUGGGGGCUGGCGAGGGCUAAUGAAUGCACUAUGUUUGCUCAUCUUUACAGAGUCACUUAUUACCACUAAUUGGGAGGGACAGUUCAAACAAGCACAGAGGAGCAGUUGUCACAUGAGCGUGACAUGGUUUUAAAGAGGCAGUCAGGGACGAUUGCACUGCCUGGUCCUGGCCCCUGAACUCUGCAGCAUCCUGGCUGGCAGCCUAGCAUAUCUCCUCCUCAAAGUGGAGCCUUUGUCAGGGAGUGCUAUUAGAAGUCAGCAGUCUUAAGAAAUCUGGGCAAGACAAGUCAUUUGAGGGAGCUAUAGACAGACAUGCAGCUGUCUGGGACACUUAGAAAGUCAACAGCUGACGGAAGGGGUGGACUUCUGGCUUGGCUCGAAAUGGAUUUAAAGAUGUGAUCUGAAUUAAUUUGUGGUGCAUAGUUUGGGUUUGUUUUCCUAAAGAGUUCCUUCGAUUUAAGAAUAGUUGGUGGUAGUAGGAGUCUAAUAUUAAUACCGGACAUGCUUUGUACAUUGUUUCAUGAUGGUACCUGUUGAUUGUUUCCUGUCUGUUGCACUUAGCAGAAUGCAGAAAUGUUAAUUUCUGACUCUGUUUGGCUGGAAUGACAACUCCCUCCAAACACAGCUAAUGUUUCCAAGUUAUUUUUGCUUUUAAGUGUUUCCCUUCCAAAUAAAUUCACUGUGACAUUCCCUGAUUAAAACCAUUUGAAUUAAUGUGGUACAA